AUGCAGUCCGCGUUCGAAACCGAACUUUCAAGGAUCAGGCAUCUAGCCGAAGAGCUCAGUUCAGGCAAAGAGAAACUUGUCGAAAGCGAAAGUAAGGCAGCUCGAUUUGAGAGGGAACUGUCAGUGGCAAAAUCCGCAAACGCAGACUCACCGGAAUGUUCGACGAUUGAAAGUAAAUCACGGGAUCAGCCGAAUUAUCCGCAUCCUAAUCAUGCAGAACUUUUAGCCGAGUCAUUGCAGAAAGUUAAAGCUCUCGAAUCUCAACUACAAAUUGCAAUGGACGAAAUGGAAGGAUAUAAGUCUCUUGCCUGUUCGCUGGAGAUAAGGUUGUCAGAAGUCCAAAAUGAAUCGUCGAAGGAGUCAGAGAUGUCCACUCUGUCGAUAAAUCAACUUAAGAUGGACUUGAGUGUUUCUCAAGAAAAGAUUUUGAAGCUUAUCGAUGAAAGGGAUGCCUUUAGAGGCAUCAUUGGGAAGAUGGAAGAGGACAACGUUAACAGAGUCAUCAACGCCGAACAAGAACUAGCUGCGCUUCAGCGGCAAGCGGCGACUUAUGAGAGCAACAUUGCUUUGAUGAAGUCGAACGAAGAUGAUCUUGUCCAAAAAGCGGAGUACCUGAGCUCCAGUCUUUCUCUGGCUAACAGAGAACUAGCAGACCUUGCAUCCCAUUUAAAAGUGAAGGAGGAGCAAAUGGCACGUCUGAACGAAGAACUGGUUAAGUCCAGAGAAGAAAUACAACAUCAGAAUUCGCUUGUCGAUCAAAUAACUUGUGAUCUGAAGAAUGCACAAAUGCUCGAGGCUAAAACUCGGACUGAACUGGAAGAGGAGAAGCAAGCUUCCGUCCAUUUACGUCAUUUCACUGAAGUUCUGGGCGAAAGCGUAGAACGCAUGUGCGAAAGGAUGCGUGAACUUAGAAGUGAAAUUCAAGGAGAAGUGAAUACUGAAGCUUUGCAACAAUUUGCAUUAUGCUCGGACAGCGCAGUUUUGGAGGCUCUCACAAAUCUCAGAAAUGAAAAUUCCUCGCUGGAGAAAGCGAACAGUGAUUUCGAACUGAGACUUGUUCAGUCUGAUCAACGAGUGAAAUAUUUGGAACAGCAGGAAUUAAAUCUUGCGGAAAGAUUGAAAAUCGCAGAGGAACGAUUGAAUGGUGUGAUGAAGGAGAAUGCUGAUUUGUUGAACGACGUGAAAGCGAAGAAUUAUUUGAAAGCACAGUGUGAUUUGGCUGAAUCUUUAAAUCAGAAGCUUCAACGCAGUUUAGAGGAUGAAAAGCAAAAGAGCAUUGAUUUGGAGGUGCGUUUACACAAGUUGGGUGAAGAUAUUCACGCCGCGACGUCCAUCAGCGAAGCUCUGAAAAAAGAUCUGGAAUUUGCCAAUAAGGAGGUUGAAAAGGUUCGAGGACUGAACAAGAAGCUAUUGGAAGAACGCGCGAAAUUCGAUCCAGAUGGCGUAACUGCUCUGCGGAUGAAACUGGACGAAUCCGAAGAAGAAAUAUCAUUGUUGCGAAGUCAGGUUGAGCACUCUGCUCAAAACGUAGACAAUUUGUCGAAGGAACUUGCGGAUACCGUCAAACAACGCGAUGGUCUCAGCAGUGAAAUCGCGGAAACUCAGAAACGAAUUCGCGACCAGGGAGAGGCAAUUCAAAGAGUACGCAAAGUCGCUAAGAAAUACAAAAUGCUGUAUGACGAACAGGUCACUCUGCGCACUGAAGCAGAAAGUAAGUUAGAAGUCAUGGGCAAGGAGAUUGAAAGCAGUCAACAGGAAUGUUCGAGCGUAAAGAAAGAAAAUGAAGAAUUACGUGCAAAGUUACAAGCUUCCAUAAGCGCUCAGCAGAAGAUCGAGGCCGAAGCAGCUUCUGCACCGGCGGACCAAGAAACUCAAAGGGUUUAUAUUAUUUGUUUCUACUGGGUUUCAGAGGAAUUAAAGUUCCGUCACGACACCCUCAGUACUUCACAUGCGAUGUGUGAAGCUAACCUUGCACAUUUGCAGAACAGAAUUAAGUCCUUCUCGCUGAUGGUUUCGACUGCUAGCAGUGAGAAGGCAUCGAAACGCGGGAAACAGACCGCUGAAGCUAAGCCUUCAGCGUCGUCAUCCAAAGCAACACCCGUUCAGCUCGUUGCAGCGAUGCCCGCGACCAGCUUUGCUGCUCCUCUAGAUCGUUUUGGCGGCCAGGAGGAACCUGCUUCUUUGACCAUAAGCAAAGUUUCUCCUCGUCUGGCACCCACCGUGGCCAGUGUAAAACCCUUGCCUUCCGUUCGUCUA